AUGAGUUUAGCAUUAACCUUUUUAAGUAGUCUGUGUUAUAGAUGUAAGGUACUUGUGGUUGGCGGAGGAGCUGGCGGUUGCAGCGUGGCUUGGCGACUGCAUAGGAAACUUGGCGACAAGGAUAUCAUACUGAUAGAACCUUCUACGGUGCAUUACUACCAGCCUCUGUUUACGCUGAUUGGGGCAGGAAUAAAGGCCUUUCCUCAAAGCCAACGACCUUUCAAAUCCUUGGUGCCUCCCAGGGUCAUGUGGUUGAAAGACCAGGUGGACGAAUUUGACCCAUGCAAUAAUAUUGUCCACACUCAAUGUGGAUACAGGGUUCGGUACGAAGUCAUGGUUAUAGGAGUUGGGUUGAAAAAUGAUUACGAUAAGCACUGCACCAAAUGCUGGUGCUGCAUCCAGCAGUUCGAUGGCGGCCAUGCUGUGUUCACGUUUCCAAAGGAAGUUGGCAAGUGCUCCGGCGCAGCACAGAAGAUAAUGUACUUGGCGCAUGAUUAUUGGUCACAGCGUAAAGUACAUCCACGCACAAACAUAACCUACGUAACGCCGAAAGACGCGCUUUUCGGUAUCCCCAAGUACGCAAGAGCUUUGAACAAGAUCGCCCUGAACAGAAACAUAGCUGUCAAUCAUCAUUUAGAACUGGUUGAAGUGAAAUCUCGUGCUGCUGUCUUUAGAGGAUCCAACGGCCAGACUGUAACCCUCCCAUACAACUUCCUCCACGUGACUCCUCCCAUGUCUCCGCCGGCGUGUCUCACAAAAUGUUCCGAAUUAAUCGAUGAUGGCUACUUGGAUGUGCACAAGUACACCCUGCAACACAAGUGCUACCCCAAUGUCUAUGGGAUUGGUGACUGUUUGAACACGCCCAAUAGCAAGACUGCUGCCGCUGUUGCUCAGCAAAGCGGUAUAGUAGCCCAAAAUGUGUGGAACACAAUGUAUGGUAGACCACCGACAGCGAAAUAUGAUGGGUAUGGCGCAUGUCCCAUUCUCACCUCAUAUAAAGCUGGUAUUAUCGCUGAAUUUAAGUACGGAGGGACGGUUUGUGAAACUCUACCAGUUGAUCAGGUAGUUAAUGUUUUGUGA